GUGGUGGUGGUGGUGGUGGUGGUGGUGUUAGAUGUUGAGGACAGCGGUAGCCAUAGUGCGUAUGCAGACCCGUCACAUCUGCUGCGCCGUUGAGUGUUGGGGGACACUUGGUCUAAAUGGUGGCUGCCGUUGUCCAUUGGGGGUUCUGGUGGGAGGUGCAGGAAGCGGAACUUGGGUAGCGAGCGAAGUUCAGGCUUGGGAUUUGUCGGUGGUGAAGGCUCAUGGAUGGAAAAUGUAUGUACUCGUGGUUGGGAUCAGCUUUAGUUGGCCGUCACUUGCCUCGUCUACUGCAGCUCAGGAACUGCGGAAUCCGGUGGUGGAUGGUUGUCAGGAGGCGCGAGAGCCGGGUUCACGGAGGAUUGUGCUUUGCGAUAUUGACCUUGAUGUUGCCGUUGACAUCUACGACUCGUGUUGGAUGGAUGGUUGAGAGUCGCGAUUUACCGAACGGGGUCACCUCGGGCGUGGUUGACAUGAAGAAACAGAAAACAGAUAAACCACAAAAAAACAUGAAAACCUCA